CCAGUUCUGGUAUACCUCUUUGCUCGGGGCUUGCUUGUCGCCCGUCCCCGCGUCAUGUCGUGUUGUCGACUUCCCGUCCCCGCGGAGGUCCGGAUCACAAAAUUCUGCGAAUCACGAACGCGCCAUUGUCCAUUGUGCCGAGACGCGUAGCGCGCCUCCUCUGCUCCUCUCCUCAUCAUGUUCCGCCGUGCAGUCUCCAGCAGCCUCCGCUCCCAGGCGCGCGCACUCACAACAAGCGCGACGCGCACAAGGGCUGGACGGGCGAGUCUCGCAGCUGGUUCAGCAGCCUUGGCUGGCGGUGUCGCCUUAUAUGCUUCGACGAAUACUCUGUGGAAUGACGCCCCUGCAAACGAGAACUUCCAAGCUCUAGACGGCAAUGAAGCAGGCUCAAGCGAGACAAUAGAGGACGUUCCUCAGCCGUCGAAGGUAACCGAGCUCAACCCGGACGUGCUGGAGACAUUCGUAUGGGGAUCGAACAAGUCUAAGACUCUCGAUCCCGAGCAAGCUGAGAGCCUACGACUUCCAUCCCUCGCGAACUGGCUGAACGGGGUUGCGCUGAGGGACCUCGCGCUGCACGAAAGCUAUGGCGCCUGCGUCGACGCGAAGGGCGAUGUCUACCAGUGGGGUGAAGGCUAUUCUGGCGCGGAGGGACAGAAAGAUGCGAGGCCUGCAGCGACUCUGCGCGGCAAGAACAUCGUCCAGCUGCAACUUACCGAAUCGCGCCUAUUUGCGCUGUCAUCCUCGGGCAAGGUCUAUGUCCUGCCUGCCUCAGCCGAAAAGCAAGCACUGCCCAACCCUCCCUCGCGACCCUCUUGGCUCGGCGCCCAGUUAUGGAGCGACGCAACAACUAUUGACUAUGAGGAGCUUGCACCUAAGCAAGCCUUGAAGCGUGGCGAGAGGUUCACCUCCAUCGCCGCCGGAGACGACCACCUCCUCGCCCUCACCUCUCAAGGUCGGACCUUCGCGCAUCCCGUCACCAAAGCCGCCAACACCUGCGGUCAGCUCGGUUUCCGCCGCUUCGAAGUCCCGGACCCCGCCAGCCCCUCGCAAGCACUGCAGGUCGAGCUCAGAGCGCGCUCGCCCAACAUGUCGCUCCUCCAGGGAGCCGGUCCGUCAUCCUCAGACAACCUCGUCGCCUUCGACGAGACAGAUAUCCGGUGGUGUCCGUAUCUGUUCGAGGUACCUGCACUACGAGGAAUCGAGAUGGCGCAAAUUGCGGCGGGGAAGAGGAGUAGCUUUGCGCGGACGAAGGACGGAAGGGUGCUCGCGUGGGGUGCAAAUGAGGCAGGACAACUCGGCCUUGGCCGCACCGUCAACCUCGACGUGGUCACGGUACCCACCGAAGUCGUCCUUUGGGCCGCAACGCCACAGCGCACGCGUACGAAGUGCCUCGAUGUCGCAGCAGGUGGCAAUCUGACGUGCUUCACCGUGGAGCGCGAGGAUGCGCAGGCGCCGAAGACUGUCGAGGUGCUCAUGUGCGGCGACGGACAAUGGGGCGGGCUCGGGGGUAACAACUACAGCACGGCACAGAGCACGCCUCUGCGCGCACGCAAUGUCAGCGGGUUAGCGGAGUACGACGAUGCAACGGGCGCCAUGCAGCCCAUCGGCCCGCGCGACGUCGCCGUCUCCCCCACCGGGCACGUCCUCCUCACCCUCAAUACCGCCGCCUCCAACCCCACCGCCGGCAAGGACCUCGUCGUCUGGGGCCGCAACCACACCUACGAGCUCGGCACGGGGCGCAUGAAGAGCCUCCCAGCGCCGACGACGCUGUUCACGCCCGAGGGGGCGCGCGUCAUGCUGCGCCAGCAGAAGGCGAAGGAGGUCCGCGCGCUGGACGGGAGCGUGUGGAAGCGGAAUGUGGAGGUCGUGCAGCACGCUGCGGUGGGGUACAAUAGCAGCGUGGUCUAUUGGCGGAUAGCACAGUAGAUGAUAGACGCUUCGGAUACUUCUUUGUAGCGUAGCACUUUUCGGAACACACACCUCACUCCAUUGAUGGCA